AGUUAGCUCUCCAGAACACCAACACCAGAAGCUAGGACUCUAAAUCAGAAUUUUCCACAGAUCAAUUUCAUAAUCUACGAAAGAGCAACACUGAGACUAGCUUCUUGAACUUCUACAACUUUGCAACGAGUCUGUCUCCCUCCGUGUUUACACCAUCACCAAAAAGACGAAGUUACAUGCUGUAGACCAACCAACAAGAUGAAGUUACAUGCGUCAGACGUUCUCCAUGCAGCGCCAGCAAGGUCCUUCCCUCUCGAAGUCCGCAUCGAGACACAUCGAGGUCUCGGGAUCCAUCCGUUGGAGAAACGGAUAUUACAAAUGCCUUUGUUCAGGCAUGCGCCACAGCUGGGGUUUAUGAUGUUACAUGAACUCUAGUAUACUGAUGUAAUGCACGUAGGCCUCUGAAGAUGAAGAUGUAGACUUCUAAUUUCCAUUGUGCCGUCCUCCUGUUGCAGCUUGGCGUUUUGCCUUUUGGCUCACUGUAUGCCUUAGCACGCGUCUGCCGACCGGUCACUACAGCCAGCAUCUUCACCGCCUAUAUUGUUCUCAGUGGUUGGCUGGAGGUUGCGGACGAGAAAAACAAAGGCGACGCGGUCGAUAAAUUACACGAUUGCGAUUUGAUGGGGCCUGUAGUUACGAUGUUUUUAGGCCUGUGGUCUACUUCGUAGUUCUACUUCUAGUUCUUGUGGUUGAAGAAGAGCUAGAAAUAGAACUAGAUCCUAAGCAAGAAGAAGAACCAGGAAACUCUCCACUACAUCACAUGAUUGUAUGUUCUAGGCUCAGACUGUUUUCUAUUUGCGGUAAAAAGAAUCACUGUAGCUGUACUUUGGUCUUCCUCGGUCCAUCUCAACAUAUGUUGUAUGGUUCUGGUAUUUGGUAACCUGAAUUUGAUCCUAAGGGUUCUCUUCUUGUUUUCCCUUAGGAUCAAAUUCAGGUUACCAAAUACCAGAACCAUUCAUAUGUAAAAGCACCUACUUUAAUACUCUGAGGAAGCUGACUGCCAUAUCUGACGCAUUGCUUGGCAAAUGGGAUUUGACGCUUACCAGAACAACUGCAACUCCAGCAACAUCAACUUCUAGUACUUUGAAAGAGCUGAUUCACAAGCUGAAUCGUGCAUUUCCAAUUCCGUUUAAUCCAGUACGGGCUAUCGGCUAUUUAACGUUCGGACAUCGACGUUUUGGAGGAGCUGCAGCGGAAAAGACAACAACAAGUAGAAGUCACCAGAGUGAUUCACAAUCAGAUUCAGGACCGCUAGGGCACAGAUUGGUUUUUACUGCUGAUCUUGGCGCAUCAUGUCGAACUGCCACGUCUCCUGUUGGUGGAGCUACGUCGGCCGAUAGAGCCAGUUGUAGCAGUACUAAGGUCAACUAUGUCUUCGGCUUACACCCUCAUGGCAUCCUUUCACUGGUGAACGGAAUGGCAUUCGCAAUGUGUGGGGACCGCGUCCGUGACGUUUUCCCAAAUGUAGCCAGCACACGACUCGCUGGCUUGCCAGCAGUGUUUCAGGUGCCUCUGUUGAGGGAGUUUCUCCUCUACAUCUACGGCUCCAUAUCCAGUGGCGCGAGUGCGAUUAGAUAUAAUUAAGGCUCAAUUUUAAUACAAGAAUUCAGUUUUUCUACAGCACGUCAUUUUGAUUUCUCCCUAGUAUUAUCCUUUCUACAACCUACUAGGAUAGGGAGAAACGCAGAGGCGAGAAUUGAAUACUUACUUUGAGCUCUAAUCCCAUCUGGAGACCAAGAAAAGAUCAGUGUGUUUGGUCCCAGGAGGAGCAUUGGAGAGUCUGUUCACGGAGUUUGGCUGCGAUGUCUCGGAGGAGGACGCGUCGAAGAGCAUGCAACACGAAGAACAAGGCGCUGAAGCAGCAGAUCGAAGUAACGGAACUCACUCUGGAGAAGUAUCUUUCAUCAGUGUUUCGAGACCACUGCGAGAUGCUGGCAUUGAUAUAGACAAGGGAUAUCAUGGUACUAAAAUGUCAAUGUUGGAGGUUAAAAAAAGUGUUAUUGUAGAGCAGUUUUUAGGGGUGCCAGAUCCGGGAUGGGAUGGAACGGAUGGACUUCCCACCAUUUCAAGCAGGACCGGAAGAAUCAGGGGGGUCCAUCCGAUCCAUCCAAGUCCAUCCUACAUCCGUUCUAUAAACUGCUCUAUUAUUGAUUUCAUUGCUCGUAGUUGUUUCUCUCUUGUUCUUUGCCAUGCUUACGAUUGCAGUUUGAUAUCACCAAGAAUUGCAUGUCAAAGAACAGGAGUCUCCAAAUCCAAAUCCAAAACCACCAGCUGUGAACCGUCUCCGUCUGAUUCUCGCUGACCGUAAGGGCUUUGUACGACUAGCGAUCCUGUCACAGACACCGUUAGUGCCAGUCCUGGGAUAUGGGGAGAAUUCUUUGUACCGUCAGGGAUUGCUCAACGAAUCUUGGCGGAUGAUGCAGAUGUUAUGCUUCUGAGAGGCGUAGUUCUACUUUCUUGUGCUAGUUCUAGCAAGGUGAGGAAAGGACUACCAGAUCAUGUUGAAGGAACGUUCUUGGAGAUUUUUCCAUUUCCUGCACUCACAUCAAUCACAUGAACUAACAAGGUCUUUCUCUAUCUAAUCUCAAAUCUUCAAAAAACCGCUGGCUUCGGUUGUCCGCUUGCCUAUGGUGCAACUAAGUGGCUUCCGCCUAUACCAGCUGCUGUUCCGAUGAUGACUUCGGUUUUUGGAGCUCCAGUGUCGGUUUCGGUCUUGUGGGGAGAAGUAGAGCAAGUUUGUGCCAAACUCGGAAUUCAAUUUUCACACUUAGUAGAACAAGUCUUGGUAGUCGAAGGCGAAGGUGAUGGUGGCCUAGGUCUUGGGUCUGGCAGUAGUGGAAAGAUGGAUCCCGGUAGGCAAGAGACCCCGCAAGAGGUAGAAGACACAAGCACGACUGCCCGUUUAUCACGGAGUAGUAUUAGCAAAGGUGAAACCAGAUCAAAAGUUCUUCCUACGAGGACUCGCAGAUACUGGCGUUUCAAGCGAAAUCUGUGGAAACAACCUCGAUUUAAGGAGCCGUCUUCAUCUUCGUCGACGAAGCCUGUGACUGUGCCUGAGCCACGAACAACAGUUAAUCCUUCAGAAGUACCUUCGGAAAAAAACAAGACGCAUCAUAAGCAAACAAGCGAGAAGAAUCUGUCACAAUCGCAAAAAUCCUUUACCUCUGUUGUUGAACAAGUUGUAGAAACGGUUUUGGCUAACCCUAGAGAUAGAGUGGUGGUGGUCCCUCAACUCACUGCUAAGGAGCAGACGCCAUGGGAGAGCGAUCCUCUGGAGAAGGUCGUGGAUGCAGCUUUUUAUGAAGAAGAAGAGGGCAGCAGCAGCACUCCUGCAUCUGCAGAAAUUGCAUCUGACGGAAAUUCACCCGGAGGUCAAGAUGGAGUGUCUGCCACUGGGGAAGAAGUCUCUCCAAGACACAAUCCGUUUGCUGGGAAGAGGAAGUAUGCCUCUAUAAUAUCUAUUGAUCAUCAGAAAGAUGAAGAUGUUUCAUCUCGUCAAGGACAUGAUCAAGAAGAAACAGGUAGAAGUACUUCGUCUUCUUCUAGCACAUCAAGCACACCGACGUCACCGAUGAAGCCAUCUUCUAUUUCAGAACCUGAUCAAGCCAAACGCGUCUUGACAGCUUGGGAGCUGCAGAACUUACCUAAGCAGGUAAUCUGCAGCAUCACAAACAGAAUACAUCGUGAAUACAUCAAUGCGGUUCUCGAGCUUCAUAGGCUCACCGCAGGUGAAUACGGUACACCAGCUGACCAAGUGCUUGAGGUCAUAUCGACUGCGCAAGCCAGAGAUCCAAUAUACAUGAGGAAAAUACGGUAUGAAAGAGAUAAACUCUUGAUGGGUGUUGAUAAAGGUAAUCAAAAUCAUGUUGAAGGAAUCGGAAUGGCUAAGCUGUGAGUAACAAGCAAUGUUGACAUUGCGACUAAAGAAAGCUAGUUUUACUUUUACACGCUGUUCUUGAUUUUCUGCGCAAAUACAGAUGCUUGUAUAGGACUUUUAGAAAUAACAUGCGGGCACCUCAUUUGCUUUGUGUUGUCAGUCUUGCACUUUUUCGGUCCAUACUGUUGUGUUUCCAUGCCACCUACCCAUAACCCAUUUCAAGCCGCGUGGAGUGUGUUGUUAG